AUGAUGGCAUCAUUCGCAGUUCUGGUUGGAAAUAUCAGGAAAACGUUCAUACCAGCGUUCAAGUAUCUCAGGCCAGGCCAGCUUGCCUACGAUCACUACGAGCUGUUACUACUGUUCUGUUCAGAGUUACUACAUUUAUUGAAGUUAGUAUGUUCUGGACUAACGUCAUGUGGGUUUUUUGCCUACAAUGGCAUCUGUGCUGUAGGUUAG